AUGUCACAAAAACAUCUGAAAGAAGUCUUUAUCAGCAACUUAAAUGGAACCAGUUUGCUGGAAAUUUCACUGGGCUUGUCUCUACCUCCACUUUGCCUGCUUGGCAGGGGACUCCUCUUGAUUUUGUAUUAUCUGCACUAUGGGAAACCUUUAAAUUCAAGGAAAUACAGCCUGCUGCUAGACUUCCUUGUGCUGGUAUCUCCUCUUCUGUUCUCCUGUACGGUCUUGUCUCCAAUCAUCUUUCUCAUGCCAGCUAUCAUUGCAGCCUUCUGUGCUGGAAUAUUUACUACAAUAUACAGCCAAAGAAAACAAGAGACCAGAGUGCCUUUUAGGCAAAUUGUAAAAGACUUCCAGAAGACGUACUUGGAUCCAGAAUACAUUCCAGCAAUAACUGUGUUUCGUGUUUAUGUCAAUGUGUUGACAGCAAUCAGCAUUUUAGCAGUGGAUUUCCCGCAAUAUCCAAGGCGAUACGCCAAAGCCGAGACCUAUGGAACAGGAGUUAUGGAUCUGGGAGUUGGAGCGUUUAUUUUUGGUAAUGCUCUCGUUUGUCCUGAAGUUAGACAAAAGUCUUGUGUGACACAGCCAAGAUUUGCCAAUCUGGCCAGGCAGUUCUUUUCUGUUUGGCCGCUGUUUUUUCUUGGCAUUGGACGACUGCUUAGUGUUAAGUCUAUAGAGUAUCAUGAACAUACUUCAGAGUAUGGAGUGCACUGGAAUUUUUUUUUCACUCUAGCAUUUGUGAGGCUUGCAGCAUCUCUACUUUUAGCUAUCUUUCCAAAAAAUAAAUCUUGGAUUGUUGCUAUAUAUCUCGCUGUACUUUAUCAGCUCAUUCUUAACACUACCUCUCUGAAGAUGUUUAUCUUGCAUGGUAGCAACGGCAGAGAUACCAGGGUCGGCUUUGUAAACGCCAACAGGGAAGGGCUGCUCUCUCUUGUUGGAUACCUCGCUAUAUACAUGGCAAGCGUCCAGGUGGGGCUCUGCCUGCUGAAGCGCAGGAGCUCAGUCAGAGAGUGGCUGGAAGCAGUGUGUUUCUUGCUGCUGACAGUUGUCCUGCUCUUCCUCUUUCUUCACGUCUCACAAGUACACGCGGACCCGGUGUCCCGCCGGAUGGCGAACCUAUCCUACUGCAUAUGGGUGGUUACUCACUGCUUGACUUUAUUUCUCUGGUUUCUAGUGACUGAUCUCACCUUGGUGUUCACACAGCUUCUCGUGAAGGGGUCCAGUGUGCCCUGUUGCUGGAACGCUGCAAAGCCCCCUAUGACUAGUACAAAACAUGAAACAGAGACCGUGCCUAGGGGAAGGGAAGGCAAGGAAAAACUGCACAUUUGCCUCAUUAGUGCUAUUAAUAAAAAUCAAUUACUGUUUUUCUUGCUAGCAAAUGUUAUGACUGGUAUGGUGAAUAUACUGAUAGAUACAAUCCACAGCAAGACUGCAUUUACAUUGUGUAUACUGCACUUGUAUAUGUUUCUUAACUGUUUAAUUAUGUAUAUAUUGCAUGCCAAAAAUAUAGUAUUAAAGUUUUGGUGA